CUCCUUAACCUCAUCGCUGACACUCCUAGUUUUCACUUCGAACUUACCGUACAAUCGCAAAGUGUCCCAAUACAAUAUCACGGCGUAUACAAUAAAGCCGCCAUCGACAUACGUAAGCUUGUGUGUACGGUACAUCAGGAUGGCUGGUGUAUUUUCAAGAUUCUUGGUCACUUUGCUGUUGUCAGUUGAAUUUAGUGCCCAGCAGCAGAGUUUCUUACCAGGAAAUAGUACAGCAGAAUUGACCCAACUGUCGACCAAGCAAAUGAUUAGCAAGACCUCAUUGUCUCCUGAAUUGUUUCAACAUCAAAUAAAGGACAGGAAGUCUUACAAAAGUAAUCAAAAGGAACCGAACAAAUUUUCUGAACUCACCAAGAAAAUGAAGAAAUGGUUGAAAACAAAAGACGAAAAAGUUAAUGUGGAACAUUUGGUAGUGGUACAUGGUAUCCCUACACCUGUCGUCGAUCGGACGUUUCCAAUAAACGGAACGAUUCCGGAAGAUGGCUGCAGCUCCACUUCCGUGCGUUUCGAUGACGGAAACUGCUAUCCACUGAUGGGAAGGAAACCUUGCGGCGACCCUACAAGGUAUCUCAUUGUUGAUCCUCACACAUUCAAGGGACGGUGCGUUUCGCGCCCUUGCGGAAGAGACAGGGUCUUGGUCAAACGUACGGGACUUUGUCACGACAUCAACGACAGAUCCGAAUGCGAAGGAGGCCGACGACUUUUCUAUUCGCCUUACGGAGAACCCGUAUGCGAUUGCCCAGUCGGAGAGUAUCCAUUCCCGAACCCUCGGAGUGAUUGUGUUGGGCUUUUUACACAAGGACCCUGUCCCUAUGGGCAAGUCGUUGCCAUUUCUCCUGACGGUUCUUUGAAAUGCAUGACAUCCAAAUGCCCCUCAAUCUAUGAUGGCGAUGAAUAUUUUUGGAAGCAGAAGCCAUUGGUGCCGACCAACGACGGGAAAUGUUAUGAACUCGGCUCAACUGGCCGAUGUUCAAAGUAUGACGACAUCGCACCUCUGCUGUUGGGUCUCGACAUUUUGAAGAACGAAUUGACGUGUGUCGACAUUAACGAUCCUUCGUCACCCUAUUUCUUUUCCCAAGAAGAAAACGAUCUACUCGACAGCCUUUACGAAACCUUCUAUCAGGAUUACAACUUUUUCCAAAUCUAUCUGGUCCACCAGAUUCUUGAGCAUGAAAACGAAUUGAAAUACGGUAAGAAGAAGAAAAAGGCUCCUAAAGGAACGUACGAAAGCAGACUAUCGGGGCCGAAAUGGAACUCAUCAGCUGGUAAAGGAUCUCCCGUCAUAUCUUGUGGGACUGGUAGUGGUCAAGGAAAAUGCAACCAUUUCCAAACAUGGGAAUCGCGGAAUUUUAACCCAAAACAACCAAUCAAAUUCAAAGAGGAAAAUAACAAUGGAUGUUUGGGUGGUGGAGUUCCAAACAAGCAGAACGGAAGUUGUCAAGCAAAGUUCCGAGAAUAAUUUGGACUAUAAGACAAUAAAUUGGACGCCACAGAAAAUGCAGUUGCCCAGAAAUGUUUUUGUCGAUUUGUUUUUCUUUAUUCUGUUAACUCUGCUAAUAACUUAAUAAAAAUACUAAAUAUAUGUCUAUUAUUCUAUUAA